AUGCUUGUUAGUUACCUAGCUUCCUCUGCCUUUUCAUAUCUAUCUAUCUAUCUAUCUAUCUAUCUAUCUAUCUAUCUAUCUAUCUAUCUAUCUAUCUCAGCCUGUCCAUAUCUAUCUCUAUUUACUUACCUAGCUUCCUCUGCCUAUUCAUAUCUAUCUAUCUAUCUAUCUAUCUAUCUAUCUAUCUAUCUAUCUAUCUAUCUAUCUAUCUCAGCCUGUCCAUAUCUAUCUCUAUUUACUUACCUAGCUUCCUCUGUCUAUUCAUAUCUAUCUAUCUAUCUAUCUAUCUAUCUAUCUAUCUAUCUAUCUAUCUAUCUAUCUCAGCCUGUUCAUAUCUAUCUCUAUCUUCGUCUGCCUUUUCAUAUCUAUCUAUCUAUCUAUCUAUCUAUCUAUCUAUCUAUGUCAGUAUUUCUCUCUCUCUCUCUAUCUAUCUAUCUAUCUAUCUAUGUCAGUAUUUCUCUCUCUCUCUUUAUCUAUCUAUCUAUGUCAGUAUUUCUCUCUCUCUCUCUCUAUCUAUCUAUCUAUCUUUCUAUCUAUGUCAGUAUUUCUCUCUCUCUAUCUAUCUAUCUAUCUUUCUAUCUAUGUCAGUAUUUCUCUCUCUCUCUCUCUCUCUCUCUCUCUAUCUAUCUAUCUAUCUAUCUCUUGUUUUAA